AGUGUACUGGUUGCCCGCUUUCAAAAUAAACGCCGAUGCAUGAAAUGUCACAGCCUGUUGGACUCCAUCAUGAACUCACUCAUACUGCACUUUUAUCCAUUUUUCCCGAAGAACGAAUAUUUCAGUUGUAAGUAUCUCUUUUACAACUUUUCCUUUUCUUGUCCGUGAUGUAGCCAAGAAUGCGGAAGCACUUGAUUGUCCGUUUUCCAGCAGCCCGGUUUCUACUACAGGCGAAAACGUAAAGACAAGAGUACUAGCGAAGAUCAAACUCCGGAACGUCUUGUAAGUUUUGCGGAAGUCGACGGUAACAAAGAGCAGCAGGAGCUGCCAGCUGCACAAGGGCGAUAAUUAUGGCGCCGCUGGUGCGGGUCUUGCUUUUCUCCGCGAGAACGUCAAGGGCCGCGACCGGAAUAUGUUUUCCGCUAUUUUUAUACCUUGCGGCCCAACAACUCCAACCCUUGUGGGCCGUCUCCCUCGUGCGCAGGAGAGAGGGCAACGAUAAAGCCAACACACGCCGGCAAAGGACGAUAACAGGCUUUGCAGUGGACGAUGGUGAUGAUCUUCGCCCCGGUCCUCGUGGUCGUGCAGAAGAUGAAGCUCGUGCUGAAGGAGUUCUUCCGGGAGUGCCAGCGGACUUUCUUGCGCAAACCGCCGUGAGCAGUGGCGGGGGGCAGGAACAUGCCGCGAGAGGACCCAGCGGCACGACUGGCAAGGGCGACCACAGUACAGGCGCCGAUGCUCCUGCUAGUACACCCGGCAGCAGUGGCAGCGACGAUCCGGCAAAGCAGCUUGUAGUACCGGAAAGACCCUAUCGUGUGUAAAAAGUUACCCGACUUCCUCCCGAGAGUCCAGAGGAGGUGACCUCUGCUACUGGCCAAUCCAGAAGUUUAUUUGGAUGUAAGAACGACCCGUAGAAGCAUGCUUAAACUUUGUUUGGCUUUGGCCGCCAAGUGUACUUAACUAAUUGCACUUAAAGGAUCUCCUGCUGAGCACGACGAUGAAAAUCCUUCUGUUGAUUUCCAUCCAGCACGACUGGAAAAUUCUUGUAUUAUGUGUUUUCGCCUCUCACGGGCGAGACGGUGAGCCGCAUUUUUACACGACAACCCCUGCAAGAAGUGCCAGAUGGGCAAGUAAAAGUACUCGAUGUGUAUGAUAAAAUCUCUUGGAUCAUGAUGAAGAUUGGGUGUUUAUUGAGCAUAGGCAGCCUUCGUUGUUUUCGGAGGAGCUGGAACGAAUGACCGAGAUAAAGUUUCGCGUGCGCGCGGGGGCGGCAGCCACGGGGGAUAGUAGUAUUCACGCGGGCGGUGCCGGUGGUGUGGAAGAUGAUAUGCGGUAUUUUAUUGCGCUUUCUGCAGGCGGCAAGCCCCGCGAUGUUGAAGAAGUUGCUAACGAGCGAACUGGGCGAACUUCUGAAACCACUACUACACAGACUGCUCUAACAUCCUUCGUCCAGCACACCUUCCGAAACCUGAAAAAGACCUUCCACCCCGCCGCCCUGCCGCUGGUUGCACUGCCCCUCGGUACCAGCGUCCUCCGGUGGGCCUUCGCGGACCGCGAGGCGUGGUUCCGCGAGGCCGCGGGUGAGGCCGGAGCGCAGGAUAUGUACAACUCCGCCGACCCCGACGCCUUUAUCACUAUGCCCGUGGAGCCCCGCGUCGCGGUUCGAACGACACUGGACCAGCGAGACUUUCCCGAAAUAAUCCGCGACCCGCGGGAAAGCGCAAGCAAGGCGGUUCAGAAUAUUGUUGGGGAAGGUGACGGCCACGGCCACGGCAACAACAGUAAGCCGCAUUACAAGCUUAUCCAAAGAAAAAAAGCGUUUUUACAGUGACAAUGCUUUUGCAAGUUCAGCAACACGUCAAAGUUGUCCUGCGUGACGAACAAAACGAAAACCUGCAAUGCACAGAACAGAAGGGAAAUAAACACGUAUGAAACUACGCUCCUGGUCCUGAGUAAUAUAUCCGGCAUGACAUAACAAGUCUAUUUUGCCUGGCCUGCAACACAAUGUGUGUCUUUUUCUGUAACAGCACUUUUCUUUGCAUAAACCUGUAUCCGGUCCCCCUGCCACGCAUGCCGUCGAACACAACGAGCCAGGACGUAAAGCUCUCCAGCUUCUUUGCCCGCUCGGCGCAGGCGGUCGUAGAGGACUACGCGCUGGCGUACCUACGGCUAAUCUUCGAAAGACGCCAACUAGGUGCUGACACCCACACCGACCAGCGCCACCACUUCAACAGCACUUCGGUUCAGCACGGCUCAACCUCAGCAGGAGAUCAGGAACACGCGGGGCAGCACGCUGGCAGGUCAACAUCGGCAGUAGCUCAACAUCUUCCUGCGAGCAGUACCGAGGACGACUCUCCUGCCGCCCUAAAAUUGCGGCUUCAGGGCCGCCCCGCCCACGAGGGGUCCUUUCGCAACUGUCGUUUGUCGCUCCGGACAAGCCCGCGCGGAGAUAGUAACUCUCUUUUGGAACAACGCACUGACACGACGACACAGGCUAACAAUUCUGAGUCAAGAUCGACUGACUUCGCCGGCGCGGGACGGCAGGACGAGGUGGUCGUAGCGUCUGGUCGUGGAACGGUGACACUAAUCGAAAAACAAGAGCCUCCGUCGCAGGAAGAGUUCAGAAGGAGAAAUGGCUCUGGUCUAAUAGCAGCUUCGUCUAGUCCAACCGGGGCUAGUACCAGUAGUGCACCGACAGCAAGCCCCGCGCAUCCUUGUUUUGGCGAUCUUGCCCUGGCAGAUUUGCUGGACGAAGUUCCGGAAGAAGUUUGGGAACAGCAAGACGCAGCUACACGGCUCACGCCGGAAGAGCCUGAUUUGGUGUUGGUAAAGCUCUCGCUGGCGUUUGAGUACGACACGGCCAUCGAAAUUUGGAAGCAGGAAGGUGAUGACAAGUCAGCUGAUGAUAUCCUGUGGAAAAUGAAAGUCCCCAGCGCCCCAUAAUCAAAUCAAGAGUGCUGGUCAAUCAGGUUCGCCUUUUUUCCAGCGCAGGCUCACGUGGCAGGAGCUACAACUGGUACAACAACUCAUGAGAGGGGCACCUGUUCUUGACUAGAUAUAAUUCAGUUCGAUUUUUCUAUGUUCCACCGGGUUCUAAAGUCUUGUUCAACUGCAAAAGCUGUGACUGAGUGGGUCUGCAAAUAAAGUACCGCCGUCGAUUCGCUUUCGCUAGUCAGCAGUUACAUUCUUUCGUGCCGAAUGUUUGUGAAGAUGCACCAGCAGGCGAAUCCAUUUCUUGUACAGUACUGGCAAAAUCUUCCGCAUUUCUUGAGCAUGGGGUGCGCAGUUGGGGACGUUUUUGGACAGCAUAUCGGAACAAAGCCGAACCUUAGUGGCGGGAAACAACAAACUACUUACUUUCGAUGUGUCUACCUCCUUUGACUUGCUUCUUUUUCGGGGUCCGAAGCUCCGCGCACGCCAGCUCGCCGUCGAAUCGCGGAGCGCGAGAGAGUACGCAUUGCAAAUAUGUCUGGGCCUUGAAGUGUGCGACUUGUGAUGCUGCCUGUGGAUUCGAAAAAAAUCUGUGUUGCAUUGGCAGCAACAGAAGUCAACUUUUUGCUACGGGGAAUGGGCAUUUCUCAUGCGAGACAGGCAACAAGAAAUCUGUGAGCAUGCAUCACAGACAUCACGGGUCAUGCAAAAUGUGCAUGACAAGCUUUGCACUUUUCCAGACCCAGCCAUAUUUUGAUUUCAUAGGGAGAACAGGGACCACAGGCUUGCGGCGACAUAUUUCCUGGACUACGAAGACGCCAACAGCGAAGAGGCAGUCACAAACCUUGUGGAUUGGUAUCCUGCAGAAAACGUAAGGGCCCACCCCAUAGUCGAGGUCAUGUGGCUCCCGCAAUAUUACAACUCAAGGAUCGAUAAGGAGCCUUUGAUGUUGCGCACGACAAAAUAAACAUUUGACUCUGCAUAUACACUUAGUUCCCCUCUUGAAGGUGCAGCCAGUGAAGGCGCCGCGUCACGAAAGAUUAUCUUAUCCGGAUGAUAGCGUGACAAAUCCCCUGAAACAGCUUAUUUCUUGCAAGUGCAAAACCGCAUGACAAAUACCAAUGUGGGUGCGUUUUUCUUCGGGAUAGUUGGCAGAAAAGUCUUAAUUUUCCUGCGGAAGCAAAUGGUGCAGGACCUCCACAGGGCACCAGCAUUGCGGCAGUCCGGUGGGCUGUGAAUACGUCACACCAGUUCGAAGAUUGGCUCCUGCAUUCCGUCGACCUGGCCCAUACGGAAGGCCAUUCCCUUUUGUACCGCAGAUAUUUUUUGUGGUACUUGGCAAGGAAAAGCCCGUCGUUUUUUGAGUUUUCGGGAAGCGACCUGAGGUACCGGUUUCUCCUGUAUCGACACUUUGACUUCCGCUACUUUCAGGACGUCCCGAAAAGGGGAGAUGCACCAGCCUUGAUGCUCGAGGAGGAUGCAGCCUUGGUGGUCGAGCCCUCCAUGUGGCAAGACACUUUCGUUCUCCUUCAGAUCUUGUCUUCCCCCAAAAACUCCCACGGCUUGGUGGAAACACGUGCCGCGGAGCAUUGGAGUCACUGGUUUUGUCCGCGAACUGAACCAGGAGCAAAACGCACCCUGGAAUCCGACCUAAUGUCGAACGCGUUGCGCGGGGCUCUGGCUGGAACGUAUUUCCUGCGAGGCCGCAGAAGGUUUCUGGACUUCAUGGCAGCGCUUUUGUACACAGUCUCGCCCUGGGAUGCCCUUGCCCGAAGCCGUCUUGUAGAUCUGCUGAAGCGUUGCUUGUUGCUUGCUCCAGACGCCGACGCGGUCGUGGUCAGAUCCGACAAAUUGCAGGCAACGGCCGGCGACACAUUGCGGUCAACGGCCGACAAAUUGAGGAAAAUAGGCGACAAGUUGGGGGUAACGCCUCGCUGGUGGGACGUAGUUCCAGCUCCAGAACCGUCUCUAUUUCCCGGAAAGCACUGUGAUCCGCCGCUCGACCGCAUUCAGGUGCGGCUGGCCGCCUUGUAUGUGUUGCAAACAUGUCUCGGUCUGGAACGCGAAAGUUGUCAUGUCAAUACGUGAAAUAAGGCAAAAUGACUUCAGUACGCAGAAACUUUUGAGCGGUUCUGGAGUGCGUAACCCGUGUGAGAACGAGAAGCCGCGUUUUUGCAUGACAACGAGGCACGACCAGCGCCAUUGUAUAAAUACUUAUCAUCCGUCAUAACGUUCACGUGCUGUGCAUCCUUCCAGAUCCAGAUGACAUAUUUGCACACGAUACCCUGCGUCGCGGCACCACGUUUGCCUCAAACGGGACGAACGACUACUACACGAGACCAGGUGCAGGUCAGUACGAGAAUAGGAUUACCAAUCCCAGUAGUGCAUCCUUCUCCGAGCUGCUACGAGUUGGUCUUCCAGAAGAUUUGCUCCAAAAGUACCGACACGAACUGGAUUCCGAAGCUCCCGGCGCGGUUAGUCCCACAGGCGGGCGGAAGCCGCUCGGGUUCUCUGAGAUGGCGUACGCGCCCAAAGGGAGUGAUUUGCGUGACUAUAAUCUAGAUUUUGGCCCGGGUAUCCUUGCCGAAGACGCGCCGACAGGUCCACGGCAAGAGAAGGACUUUACUUACAAGACGGAAAUGGCGAAAGACUUCAGACCUCAAUUGGUCUUGGAGUUGGCAACAUUUCUCAUAGCAAAGGCAAACAUGUCUGGGGUUUGAGAAGAUGAUCUGAAUAUGCUGCAUCAGAUCGCUCUCUGCAUAAUUUUUUUGAUUUUGGAAGUAGACACCUCCCACUGCAUCCGAACAGGACAAGAUUUUGGCAUCAUGCUGUCACUGUCUCAAGAGUCGUGGCACGCAUUGCAAACCGUAUCCUUGCGUGACAGACGCGCUCGGGACUUGGAGGUCAGGUGUGGUCCUGCAAUAGAGAUUGUUCCACCCGGAGAAAAGUAAAUGUAAGACCGCAGGCAUAGUAGACGACGUCUGCACCUAAAUAUAUGCAUGUAUAGUCAUCAUCUUUCUUGGCCCAGGUAGUAGAUAUUUGUGCGGCAUAGUCUGUGAAAAUGGCCAGCAUUGCGGAUCAAGAGUUUCAUCGACAAGGCGUGCCCGGACCACAGAAAAGGGCUAGUACCGCCUCGACCUUAGUACAACCGGUGAUCCGCGGGGCAUGGAGAGAGCUGGCAGAACAACGCGCCCGCCGGGGGCGACAGGUCUUUCGCUUUCGCAUUGGCCCCGGCAAAGACGGGCUGUACCACGACGAGUUCCUGAACCCCCGCGACUAUUCGGACGUCUUGGCCUCAUAUAAAAAGGCACACAAACUUUUCAGGAUCGCGGACGGUGUCAUGGGCCUCUGGGAAAAUGUUCCGGUCACUGAUCAUAACGAAUCGAAUCGCAACCCUACGGACGUAUAUGAACUUCCUCCCGAUAAAGUGCAACACCUCGCAACCACCCGCUACCCGUUUUUGAAAAAAACUGACUCGCGGCGGCAGCUUGCUGAGAUCUUGAUGCGGAUCCUGGACAGCGGUCUCGAUUGUAACAAUCCACACUUGCGGCGAGCCGAAGUGGAAAUCACGCUGUUUCGCACGGACCCAGAAGUGCUACUGAAAACCAAUAGCUCGAUGCAGGAGUUCGUGGCAGCGGGUCGCGAACCGGCGAACUCGCUUGGUGCGGUUGUGUAUUACUUUCUAGACGCGUUUCCGCCACCCGAGGAAAUUGCCUGGAUGCGAGCAAGUACUAAUACAUCUACACCGGCGUACCAAAUGCAUAUAUGUCUGGGUCGUGUCGGGAAGAUUGCAGUAGCACUGAGACAACUUCCCCGUGUUGUGAAUCUUCUGGAUGAUCAUACGAAAGAACCGAAAGUCUGUGUUGCGUAUAGAUCUUCUUCCUAAAGACCCAUACAUGCUUGCGUUUCAUACGACGGCAAAAUCCACUUCUGCCAAGAAUGUUGAGGCGGACCACUCAUCGUCGCCCGCUGCACGGGCGAAAGCGUUUGGUGGUGCUGGUGCGCCGACCCCGUGGCCGGGGGGACCUGCAUUACACGACCCAACACCCGGCCAGGGGCCGGCUCCACCUGUAGCUCAAGCUCCGGCGGCGGCCCUCACCCGCGAGAUGAGGAAUGGAACCGCACGAACGGACGGCACGAGCAAGCAAGGACGAGGGGGGAUGAAGGUGUCGCAGCAGCAAAGCGACGCAGAACAAGCAGUUACCGAAACACACGUGCAUCUCAUGGCAGUCCUGGCAGUUGUUCUCGCUGUGUCGGCGCUAGUUGUGGCAGGCUUUCUUAAUUCCCUCUGCCGUAGCGCGGAUUCCGAGCGGCGCGAGGCGGUGAGCGAACGAAAGCUAUACAUUGCAAUUAUCACUGGGUCGUGGUCUGGAAAGCUGCAGAUGUUUGUCAUGCUGUUUCAGCGUGCUGACGCAGAAUUUCCGGCGUGCAAAGCCUAGAACUACAGGUUUCGGGAAGACGCGCGCCCAGUGCCUAAUAGUCACGACAAAUCCACCCUCUCGGCGAUAAGAAAUUGCCGCCUUUAUUUGCUGUCAAUGCAUUGGCAGAUUGUUCUUUUUGCGUCAUCUGAAAUGCGCAUCACAAGUUUGCAGCUUUUCGGACCUAGACGCAUUUCCGAUGCAUAGGCCCGGGUCCGGCGCGACGUGUUCGAGCAGCGGCAACGGGCCAGAAAGGAAAGGAAAAGGCGAGAACGGGACCGGAAAGUUGCCGAGCGGUUGCGGCUGCAGGCAAUCGUGAUGAACAGAGUGGAGAAAGCCGUAGCGGCUACGGGGCCCGGACGCGGGCCGCGUAAUAUCGUCCCGGCAGCGAAAGCAGCGGCAGCGAACGACCAAGAAGGGCUGCAAGUACUAGAAGAAGUUCCACCAAUUGAAGUAGAGAACAAGGCCGUUGGUGGUACGAUGGGACAACCCAGAGCUGCCGCCAGGUCGACCUCGCGGACUACAGUAAAGCCGCUCGGCCGAGCGCUGAGCAGGGUAUCCUGAGUAAAAACGUCCCCACACCAUAGUCAAGUUGGGGAAUCGGCUAGACAAAUCCACAAGCUUUGGCUGUUUUGCAUGACAAAUUUGGAUUCGUAGUGUAGUGCUGUUUGAGCUAGCUCAGCAGCAUCACAGAUCUAGCAUACCAUGCUGAUUGGAGCGUGACAAAUUUCAAAACACGAUUGGAAAAUGCUUCUCAUGGGGCUCCGCAUGAGAAACAUUUUCAGCAUGCAGAUUUGCAUUACAACUAUGGGGUGGGGACGUUUUUAAAUAGGAUACAGGGACGAUGCUGUUCCCGCACAAGCCGGAUCAUCUUCGAGUAUCAAAUGUAAAAAUGUCUGGGUCUGGAAGAUUAGAACUUGUCAUGCUAAAUCUGGAUGAUGCAAAAAUCUGUGUUGCGUGAGUACCAAAAGGCGUCCGCUUUUGACCAAGUUGAGAGGGAACUUCUCAUGCAGGAAAGGCAUGAUAGAGACCUCAAAGAAUCUGUCAUGCUGGGUCUCGCAUUCCAGACCUCACGGGUCAUGGAAAACCUGCAUCACAAAUCUUGCAUUCUUCCAGACCCAGACAUUUUUGCAAUUGAUAUCGAGAGUAGUAAAGCCACUCGGGGGCGGCCGCGCUCGUCCCGGCAGCAAGGGGAGAAAAAUGUUGACAGAUAACUACGCAGUGUAAAUGUUUGGACCGAUCUUGGUCGGGUCUUGUGGCAUGUUGCUUAUGCGAGGCUUUACAUGGUGCACGGAACAUACAAAGUGGUCAGUUUUUUCGUACCCUAAGACGAAGCUCAGAUUGUCGUCCGAAUAUAUACGAAUCAACGGUUGUACGGUGCAGGUAUGAAGAUUAUGUGCAUCCAAAAUCCUUUGUUCACCGUGUCCUGCCUGUACUAUCCUCUUUUUCUGCCGUAUAAAAAGAAUUGAAGAGACCACUGUUCGGGAAAUAUUAAGAAAUGCAGGAAUCACUCAGUGAAUAAAAAUUAGGAUUUCACGACCUAGAUCUUCGUUCGAUUUACACUUGAUAAAGACUACGUUUUGACUAUCCAGCCGCCCCAGAUUUCUUCAUCGCAGGAGCCAGCGGCUCGACGACGGGAAAAACUCAAGAUGCCGCCAGACGUGGACCUUCCUGUCGCCCCGCCCCCACUCAACAUGAAAAGUGAUUUUUCGUUGCGCAACAUUCCAACUGCCGACAAGAAGCACCACGGACCACGACGCGGAGUCGUGAGUGCAGCAAAAACUACAACCUCUAGUAGCUUGUCCGCCGCUGCAAGCCGGCGAUCGAAAAGUACAGAGGAUAUUUUAAUUCUUUUGCCAAAAAACAAACAAUUACAGCUCUCUGGCCUUGCGGCGAGGCCAACAAGCUUUGUCGCGCCACGCCCGCAUGAAGGCUGGGAGGAGAUGCAAGCGCUGAUGGGCCCUGAGUUUGCGAAAGAGUAUGGGAGUGCAGUAUUCAGCCGGGAAUGGUCGUCACGAUGGAAAGAAUUUGUCACCGACAGAAUAGCAGCAGCAACACUGCUCUAUUUUUUUCAAGCGAUUUUUCCGCAUGACAGAGUCGCCAGUAGCCGCACGUAGAGUGGUUGCCAGGAAAAAGGAAUCUUUCAUGCUUGUGCAAGUAUAGAGGAGCACACACGAGGACAACUCCUGUCAUGCUACUUUUCGCGAGCAACAACUCUCUUUAUUCCAUGACCUUCAAACAUUGAAAACUACCAGGCCGGACGAGUAUAAUAGUAUCACAGUCUCAGUAAGAACGUGGCCCGCAACACAGACCUUCUGUCCUGUGGGAGCUCAUGCUAUACAAUUUUUUUCCAACAUUUUGCCAUUUUCCAGCUAAAGAUGAAACUCUCAUAGCGAAUAUCAGAAUGAAAAAUCCCCCUCCCCAUAUCAAAACGAAGUUUCUGAUGCUGGAUUUGCGUACACAAAUCGGAUUUGUCUUGCUGGCGAGGACUGCAGACCCAUAUAAAGCCUGCGGAGACAGGUUUUGGCCUUGGCGCUUUGCAUGACAGACGUCUACGCUGUAGGUACAAUAGCAUGCCAAACCGCCUGUAGAAUGCGGGGGAGCCGGUGGAGUUGCCUUCGUGCAACACAGAGACGAUUUGCGGUCACAAAUUAACAACACAAAUUUUCAAAAACGUGCCUUGUGUCAAUAUGGGGAGGGGGGAUUUUUUCUUUUCAUAACCAAAUGCGCGGGUAUCUCGAUUACGCGUUUGGAAACCCGCACCCGAUCUCCCCGCCAGAGCAGAUGAGCUUUCCGGCCACCGCGGCUUCCAGCGGACAUGAGGAGAAGAACUCCGAAAGAACAAACGACCAAGAAAUUAUCGGUACUCCACCCACGACGACCGGGAGCAACAGUGUUUUGAUGAACGUUCCUGGGAGUGGGACCUUGACAAGCUACAAAUCGCGAUCAAGCAGUGUUUUCGGGGGCAGCAGCCUGCUCCCAGCGGCCCCACAGAACUCCUCUGUGGACGUCGUCGUCGAAACGAGUAGACUAGAAGACGACGACCAGCUGCGAGCGCCCGUGCUGGGACCACAAGCAGCUUCAACAUCUUCCGCGCACGAGGUUCUUUCCGAUCAACCCCACCAGCAUGAUUUUAUUAUUAUUCGGUCGCAGCAACUACUACCCAAGACAGGAGCCGCGAGUGCUGGGCGGAGGGGGCCACGACGACCGAAGCCUGUGGCUCGUGCUCGAGAUGAAGUCGAGGAAGAAGUAGAGGUGUGGAAUUUGUAAAUGCGUGUUUCUGUUCUACCCUGGCUGUUGAACAGUGGCAGGCGGUUGAGGGGGCAGAAAUGAAUUUACGAGAUCGGCAACUUCGACGUUGAUGUAAGUAGUAUUAGACGCCGAGAUAAACAAUCCUAGCAACCACGGCUACUACUACUAGAAGCUGUGAUACUCUUGAUAUGCGAAGAUGGUCCUAGCACAGGAACACUUUUAACAUGAUCUCCUAUGGGUUACGAUUUUCAGUACGAAAAAGAAAUCUUUUUUUGGACGUCGAACAAGUUCAUCAAGACGAUGAAACGGCUGCACCUCUAAUAAGUGCGCCAUUCUUAAGAACCACAGAUGAAAUAGCGAAGCCACAAAGAGGUGAAAACUGGAAGAUCUGGCAGUUGUGUUCUCGUCGAUGUGAAGAUGUGAUUGAAGCGCAAGCCACACUAAACUACACACUAGAUUCAGUUGUUCCUCGCAGAAGUACUCGUGAAUUAUGAUCGCGUUUAGUACCAUCCGG